UGCUCCGUCGCGCACUUGUGGCACGCUGUUGCAGUACUGAGAGUGACAAAGUCGCAUUCAUGGAUAUCAUGCGUGCGCCAAGAAUUUCGUGCGGCGACGAGCAACGAGUCAACGACCACACGGACGCGCAGCUCUUGACGGAGUGCAGUCAUCAAUCUUUUGCUGAGUGGAAGCUUCAUCACCUGAGAGCCACUGUAAUGAACUAGCUGCUGCUAUAACCCUGCUCUUGCCACUUUCCCCUUAACCGGUGCCAUAAAUUGCUUUUCCCCAUGGCGCGAGUGCCAGACCAAGUCCUAGCGUGGCUUCGAAAGGUGCUCCAGCCGGAGUACAAUGAACCGCAGAGAAUCUAUGAAGAUGUCGCUGAAGCUCUACAUCAUUUCCCAAGUCUGCGGCCGCGGACUGAUAUCUACACAUUCGCAGAUGGCGAAACACGUCUUCUUCUUGUACUUAACGGAGCGAUUCCAACUCAGGGCAGAGGGUCUCUACUGAGCACGCCGAUACAAUUGUGGCUGCCACAUGCGUAUCCACAAGCAGGACCCAUUGCCCUCAUCAAUCCUGGUCCAGGGAUGGUGGUCAACCCGAGCAACUAUGUUGACAUCAAUCGAAUAUGCUACCAUCCUUACCUUGCAUACUGGUCGGCCAACAAGCAAAAGCACAACUUGCGCGAUGCACUCCUGCAUCUGCAGCAAGCCUUCGACAAGGAGCCUCCCCUGCAUCAACUUAAUAGCACCUAUGCGGCGUCGCAGACGAAAUCAUCAAUACAGCAAGCUCCACCGAGGCCACGGAAGCAAUCUACACUGGCUGAGCCUGACCCAAAUAUCGAAGAGGGAGGAGAUCCGCUAGGACAACUCACAAGACCAAAACACAGUGUACUCCCCCCGGCGCCACCAAAACCCCCUGCACGCCUGGAUACUCCUAUUGUAGCGUUGAAUAGACCUGGUUCGUCGGUGCAAAGCAACGUGGCAACGAUCAGACAUCCCUUAGAGCAUCAGAGGCUCUACGGUAGUGAAGGCAUGAUCAGAACAACGAUUGAUCGUAAGGUGGUCAAUCGUAAACCCGUGCCUUUUCUUUCUGAUACAUCCACUGGGAUGCAAAAGCCCAAUACAGCUGGCUCGCAGGCUUCAUCUUCGAAUUCCGUUCGAAUGCAGCUGGACUGCCUUCUCCUCGACCUAGAGCGGAAGCAUGCCCAGGGAUACCGUACGCAGACCACGCGGAUAGCCAAAGCAGUCGAGGGACUUAAAGAGUAUGAGUCAAAUCUGAUUCAGUCGCAAGCAACAUAUGAGCGGACAAUUGCAUCUUGCGCAAAGAACGAAUCUGUUCUAUCUGACCGGCUCGGUAAAGCCAAAGGUGUCAUCAAUGAAAUGAUGCUUAACCCGCAAUUGGAUAUCGACGAGUGUCUGAUCGCACAAAAUCGCGUCUACAAUCAGUUGUAUGAAUUGACGUCUGAAGAGGCAGCAAUUGACGAUACAAUCUAUGCCCUUGGAAGAGCGCUAGAAAAUGAACGGCUCGAUCUGGACAUGUUUUUGAAACAUAGUCGUACGCUUGCAAGAGAACAGUUUAUGAGACGAGCCCUGAUCCUGAAGAUUACCGAUUUACUCGAAAUUGAUGUAUGAGCCAGUUCACCAGCAUGCGCGCCAUGGGCCAUGAACAGUCGUAUCCUGUUAGUUCCGUCGCGUAUCGAUUUCGCUGCCCGCGACCGUGGCGGAGCAGCUGCUUGGUAAGCUGGCUCGGUCAUCAAGCGAGUGUCAAGCUAGAGGCGUGUAGACCUACAUCUAUUUACUUUGACGCGACCAGCUAUGUACCCGCCCUGCCCUGCAUUGGCCGAGUGACCCAUCUGAAAAGAACGUAACGCUCGUUACGCUCAUC